UGUAGCUCUGAAGGACUGGAGGGCCUCGCACGGCAGAUUUUAUCACCUGCUUAAAGAAUGUACGACUUAAAGAAACAGUUUUUCAUAAUUUAAUCACUUUGUGGUUCUGAUUUAUUUCUUUUGGAUGUGUUAUUUAUUUAUUUUUCCUGGUGCUAUGGAAAAUUUUUUAAAACGUUGCCUACUUUUAUUCCAAUAACUUUCUAAUAUCGUUGUGUUCUGUGCUUUCUUGAUAUUCCGAAGAGCCAGCACCCAUAUUUGUGAGCAAACCCAGCUGUUGUAUAUUUCAGUGCCAGGCAGCGUACCAGCUGCGUCACUAUAAGUGCGAACGAGUACUGUAGGGAACCUUAAAUGAAUCCAGUGACCUAACGAGGCGAAGCCGGAGCUGCUCGUGUGGCGGCUUCACCCAGGGAACGUUUCCGUAUGAGCUGUCAGCUGAGAGCAAAAACGCCGAUGGAGAAAGUCUUCGGCCAUGUUUGAAGUGUUGGCUGAACUCGCCUGAGCUGGCCUGGGGUUCCUAGCCUGGGGUUCGCGUGGUGAUUCUAAGCAGGUACAGGCCAGAGUGUGCUGGUGUGGAACGUCCAGUAUUGCAUGUUGGAGUGCUGAACUGCUUGUGACAGUGGUGGUGGGCUGUGAUGUCUAAAAGAUUUGCAGCGGAAGGUUCAGUUCGCAGGGAGAUACCUCCCCAUAAUGUGCGUUACCAUAAGAUGCCCCAAGAUCUGUUACCCUGUGGAAAGUGCAGGACCAUAUUCCACAGUAGAAGUGCCGAUGGCUAAAUAACGGAUAUUUUGAUAAAUAUUUGAUAUAAAAGUUUUGAUUGUGACAAAAUGAAAACCAGAUGUUUGUCACAAAGAGGAAGGAGUAUACAGUGUCCAGUGUAGGAUCAUUUGCAUCCUUUCGACCUCUGGCCAAGGGGCGGAGUUUGCCUGCUGUGGACUGUGAGCCAUUGAAAUGCAAAGUGAAAGGGGUCGCUGAGGUCAAAUUGCACUAAAGACACUAAACCAAUCCUACCACACUGUUCUCAAGCAGUGAGGAGCUUGACCUUUGGACCCUGUUUGAUUUCUUUCUUUCUCUCUCUCUCGCUCUCUCUCUCUGUGUCUGUCCCUCGCGCUCCCCUCUAAACUAAUUAAUUAAAAAAUCAACAGUAAAGCGGGAUAUAAGACAGGAAGGACCACAUUUAUUGGUUGGUCGGCAGUACAUGGAUAAGACUACAUGAGGAAAGAUGAGUUACAAUGCUCCUCUUAUAUUCAGGCACUAACGUUUGUUGGUGGCUUCUACGAUUUCUAAAAGAGAUUCUCUUUUAAUUUUCUGGUGGUUCAGGGAACGUGGGGACCUUGUCACACAUUUUUGGCUCCGUCUUCUUGCUCUCUCGUCUCUGAUGCGUUUGUUUUGUAUAUGAAAGUGAUUCUCCAGUUCAUCUGCCCACUGGCUCAAGGCAGUGGCCAGGUGUUGAUCGCUGAUUUUGUACAUUAUUCAAAGCUGUCUCUGUGGUUGCUUGUUUUGAGUAGAUACUCUGCUCAUGUGUACUGGAGCUCAAGCACUUCCCAGCAUGCUUCACUCCCACCCUCCCCCCCAUCUCUGGUGUUUUGGAUGCUUUCCCACUGGAGCUGAAUGGAGGUCAUUGCCUGUGGGUGGGGAGACACCGCGCCGUCCUGAGCUGUGCGAUCGUCCUUCUACACUUGUCUGAGGCUUCCUUCUGUCUUUCGCUAGUCACACUUCAUUCCCGGCCCUCGGCUUCGGGGGGAGACGCCGGACUUCCCUCUUGCCAGCCUUUGCUCAGCCGCUCGGGAAGUCCGUAAAAAUGUGGCUUAAUUGGAAAAUCGCUCUCGGGUUUGGCCGUGGCGGCCUGCUGGCAGAGCACGCCAGCUGUCUCCCUCUGGGCUGCGGCCUGUGCGCUGGGGCCAGCUGAAAACACGGGGUUUCAUAUCACAACAGCCGUUCUGCUCCUCCGGCUGCCGCUCGACCCGUUUAUAUUUAGUGCUCUAGGCGGCCUGCCGCAUGUGGGCCAGCGGGGGCUUUUUCCAGCCUUUAAUUGUGUGUUUGAGUUUUCUUUAAACCUGCAUUGAGUGCAUUUAGACACGUGGAUGUUAAUUUGAGAUUUUAAUGUGCAGACGGUAAAAGAACUGGCAAAGAUCGGAGUUUGUCAGGCUUGUGCUAAAGGGAUCACGGGAUCCGAAGCCGUUCUGAAGCCAGAGGCUGUUUUGACUUCGGCCUCCUGGAUGGGAUCCCAGGAGGGGUAGUGAGCUGUAAUCCGAGUGCUUGUGCGAUCGGUGCCAUCAACGUCGCGCCUCACCCACACGGAGCUGUCCGCAUGCUGCUCGGAGAGUCACCAUUCGCAGCUGCAGUGUCUUCCACUGUAGCCCGGUGAGCACCUUCUCUCCACCACGGGCUGCACCACGGGGAACAGGUCGCGUAGCUCACCCUGGUAGAGCAGGUUGAUCAACGUCCCGGUGGCACUGAGAACAUGGGUUUAGUUCCCAGGGAGCAACGUAUCGUCAUAUUGCAAGUGCUGUCAGUAUAAAUGGACGGACAGGAAUGCUCAACAGUGUCGAACACAAACCCAGAGUUGCACCCAGAGAGGAGAGACAAACCCAGAGUCUCCCCACGCUGCUACACCUGUAGAGAAGGGACACCACCAACAGUCCUGUCACAUUGAUUUGCUUCAUUUUAUAAUUGUUUCUUUCGAUACAUGAAACUCUGACCCUGUUUAUGGAUAUAGGACCUCCUGGGGCAUUGAUUAGAGAUGUGACCUUUCAGUCAGUCCUGCCGCUCUGUGAGGAGGGAGAGGGGUCUCUGAGGGCCGUGUUGGGAGGGCUCCACCACUCCAGGGGUGUCCCUACUCCUGCCUGAGGACAGGCUCUGUCCACAGCACCCACAGCCUCUGUGCCUGAGGCAAACUCCCACCCCCACCAGGCUUCGUCUCAGUGAAUCAGCUGUUCUCAGGCUACGUCUUGUGCUCGUGUGUCACACGCGUCUUGUCCUUGUUAUAGGAAACUCCUGGUCUGAGUCACGUCUGAGCGGAGGUGAUUCAGCGGCUGAAGCAGCGUUGCUUCUUUCUUUCCCCUUCCUAUGUCACACCGACCCGGUCGUCGACUCCAGCCCUCGCCUGUCCUGCUCCAUCUGCGCCCUUUCUGCCCGCACGGCCACCACUCCCCUCUGUCCCCACGCACUCUUCCAAGGCUCUCCCAGACUGCUUCACCCUCUAAUGCGCGUGCGAGCUGGCAGAGUUCUCCUUUCCAUUUCAGUUUGUGAAAGCAUUUUAAACACUUUUUCAUAGGUUUUAGGACGGUACUGGUUGCUGGUUUAAUCCUGUGCCUUGUAUGCAGGACACCAAACUUUUUUUUUUUUUUUUGACUUCGAUUCUGCUGUCAAAUACAAUUUGCAGGUAAAAAUAACACCUCAGAAAGCGGCAGUCUGGUUUCACGCGUCGGGGUCCCGGGCCUGCACAGCUGUCCAGUGUCUCCAACAGUGCCGUGUACCAGCUGACACAAUGAGGGCAAAAACGGACUCUUAAAUCUGGAGGCUGACGGCAAGAAUGUAGGUUUCUCAGACAUCAGCCAGCAGACAGGAGACGUGUACUCUUUAGACGGCCCGUUUCUUGGGUGGUGGCGUAUAUUUCGGCCCUUUCUCUCAAACCUUUCCCAUUCGCACCAGCUCAUCAGAAGCUCUGAUCUGGCACAGACGUCUUGGACAUCAAAGCAAAACAGCAAACUGACAAAAUUUCAUCUCGUCUAUAUCACACUAGGUCUCUAGUAAAAGGAAUGCCUUCUCGCGGUGCCUGUGUCGGCCAAUCAGACGUGAGGGGUGGGGCUUGGGAGAGCAUGAGUCACCAGGUUGGCAGUAGCUGGAUCAGACAGGUCCUGUGACUCACUGGCACACUGGUGCUAAGUGACCUACAUUGCCACCCUCUCUCUCUCUCUCUCAUAUUGCAGUAAUGAUAGCAUUAAUGAUCACUCCCUGGGUUGUGUUUGCAGCUAUUCCCUUUCCUGACUAAUUUAGCUUUGAAUAACAACAAAAAAGGAUCUCUCCUGCGAUGGCAAGGAGGCAGGCGUGUGUGUGUGCGCGCGAGCGCGAGCGCAACAGUGCGAGAAAGAGACAGGCAGUGUGUAAUAGUCGUACCAGGAUGUGCUUUCUCCCAGGAGAGCUCCAGUCUCUCACUCCUUUUUCCUUUCAUCCUCUGCCCCAUUUUUUUUCCCACCUCUCACUCAUACCCUGUCUCCAUCCCUCCUUCCUUCUCUCACUCCCUCUCUCUUUCGCAUAAACCCACCAGCCCAUUUCUUCUUCCAACCCAAAGUCUCAAACAGUUUCUCUCAUGUUCUCAAUCUUUCUCUCUCCCCGCUGGAGCUGUCACUUGUGUUAGCGCAGCUGUCUCUCUCCCUGGCUUGCUGUUGGGGGAAUAACUCAAUAAGGAUUUUUGUUCCUCAGCUCUGCCUGUUUCCAGCUUUCUCCUCCACCAGUUUAGUAGUUCCCUCUACAGCGUUGCUGGGUCCUACUGGGGGUAAACCCCUGUAGCUGUGAACUGUAAACCCGCGCACACUGGCCCCUAACUAAACCCACACUGACUCUGUUUGUUUUUAAAUACAUGCUAACUGGUCCUUAAAUAAACCAGAUCUUGACUUUGUACUGGGGCCUUAACCCAUGUUUGCCGGAGCUUAACUCGGCCCACGUUUUCUGAGCCUUGACUAAUCUAAACCCAACCUGCCUGACAACAGUGUGCCACUCACUGCUCUAUCCUUCACUCACUCCUAACCUCGCUCUUCUCUCACCCCCUCUGUCUCUUGCUCAGCCAAUUCUGCUGCUUGUCCUGUGUCUCUUCCUCUGUCUGUGGUCACACGCCCUGUGAGGGCUGUUCCUUCGCCACCAGAUGACUCAAGAACUGCUAACGGUGUUGUGGUCUGCAGGGAAUGGAGACCUCCACCGACCUGAGAUCAGUUCAGCCAUGAACUCAAUGGAGGAAUGAAUCAUGUCCUCUGACCUGAGAUCAGUUUAGUAGAGAAGUCAGUGCAGGCUAAUCUUUUGAGGAUCUCGUUUUACAAAUUCCGCAAUUGCGGUUCCUGCCCUGAUGGCGCGUGUUGUGAGGGGCACCCUGUUGCUCCGUGUCAUGCAGUUCCAUCAUUAACCGGAAUGCCUGCGAUUAACUCCGAUCACCACGGCGUGACCUUCGGAAAAACAUACGGCAUUCCCAAAAGGACCAGCUGUAGCAGAAUGACGGCGUCCUGAAUUCGCAUGUAUUCCGGUGUGCCUCUCAGCACUCUCACUCUUGUGCAGUGAGAUAGUAAGUGUGUGCAGGGGGUAUGUGAGGGCUUUUACUAACCUGCAGAAAGCUGCUCAGCUUUGCAGAGUUCUUGUAUGUGAAGGUGCAGGUGGACUGGUGCCACCGUUUGCUGGAUCCAGCAGUAAACCGAUUGGGCUCUUGUACGGUAAUGUCUCAAACACAAACUGUUAUGUUCGGUAAUCUUAUGCUACGGUGCACGCCCCCUGUGUCUGUACACCAGGAGCCAAAACACCACCUCUGAACAACACACUCUCUGUCAUAACGUAACCUGCAUUAGAGAUCCAUGAUCAUCCAGUUCACAUGUGCCUUCGCUUCCGACCACUGCGUUUCGGAUUGAAAUCUGACAUCUAGCUAACAUUAGCUGAUGAAUACGUAACCUUACAUGAAGCAUCUGAGGGUGGGAUUUAGCUAAUAAUCGCCUGUUUUUGGUUUUAGCUAACAAGAUAAUGUUAACAUUAUUUAAUGUGAUGUGAACAAUAUUUUAAUAGCCAAGUGCUUAAGUGCAUUUGGCUAGUUUGCUAACGUUAGGGACGUUAUCACCAGCCGCUUAACCGCCACGCGACCUUAAUGAACUUGACCCCGAGGUCGAACAACUUACUGCUCAACAAUAGAUUGCUUUACUACAGAAAUGACAACUCGAGCAAAGCUAUUAACACCGGUCUAAGGUAAAACAAACAAGCAAACAACCGAAAGUGAUCGCUGCCAAUCAACAGUGUUUAUGUCGAUCUCCUGAUCACAACACCACCAAGAAACCUGGAACUUAUAUAAAACCCCCUUCACUGGAAAGAAAAACAUUGAGGAAGAGAUUAAUGUGAGGGGAGUUUAUAGAAUUGACACAACAGAAUUAAUAUAAUUGCCAAAUAUAUAUAAGGAAAUACUUUGCUGAAGGAUCUCUGUCCGCAUGUUUUGUUUCUCGGGAAACUCUGUGUACUUUACUAUAAUUUUGAAUCUCUCUCUCAUAUAUAUUUGUGUGGAAGGGGUGUGUGUGUGUUGGCAGGUGUGCGUGCUCAUAUUUUCCAGUCUGCUCUAUCUUUUGAGGGACCGGCCCAGUCUGGCACUCUUUAGAGAGUCCCGGGCCUUAGAGCGCAGGAAACAACCUGCUGGUGGUGUCACGGAUGCACCUGGUUGCUGGAGACCGAAAUGCCAUAGAGAUGGCGUCUUCACCUGCUCCACCUGCCAGAUGGGCCCAGUGCCAGCCGAUAUGAUCCACCCACCAACGCCGCUCUGUGACCUGCACGGUCCUGCUCCAUUAAAGCCCUGCCGCUUGUGUAACACAGGAACAGUACCGACCGAGACGGGUGGAGACAGAUGGAGAGGAAAAAAGGUCGCAACGAGUGAGAGGAAUGUGUGCAAAGUACACACACGCACACUCCUGCUCGUCCAUCGUGCAGGUGAAAUAUUCUUUAAUGUUAUCGUUUUCAUAAAUCUGUAUACGCCUGCGUGUGAGAACCCAGGUCUGUCUGCGAGUGUGGUUGUGUGUGGCUCCACAACGUCUGGAGUGCUGAGCUCCCUUCAUCCUUCUACCCCACCGAGGACAGGCUGGCUCUACAUAUGUAUACCCUGGAGAGGGGCUUCCUGUGCUGGUAGUGUUGGCGGUCUCUCUGGUGAGGCUUCUCAGCGUCCGCUGGCACGUCCUCUGCCCACCACAGCUUUAUUAAUUACGGCUAGCUUAAGGGCCCAGGGACGAGAGAGGAGACAGACAGAGUGGGUUUUUGGGCGGGGCCUACCCGUCUGCUCACACAGGUUUGGGAGAUGCGGCGCAUGGUGCGAGGACAUGUAUGACAUCCACUCUGUUCCUUUGGUUACCUCAAACGCCGCGUGUUUAGGAGGACGUAAUGCGUUUGUAAGGAUGUAGGUGUUUGGUUGUCCUUGACGUUUUUAUAAAGCUCUUAGUUUCCAGACAGGCAUUUCUAAUAGCCGUUCCUGCGUAUUUGAUCUGGAUGAGGCCGCCCUCCGUCACGGUUACUGGCGCUGUUUCAGACGCGGUCAUUACAUUCCACACCUGGACCAGAUGCGAACGUUCCUGUGACGUGAAUGAACUGAGAAUACGGCACAGUUUGAUCUUGACUGUAGGAAGGCAUGUACUGCUUCGCCCUGGGGGGCUUUGGGUGGGCUUUGAUGUGAAAUGUGCAACACUCGUGGUGCGUGCGUUAACCCGGGCC